CUCGAUUCGUCGUUGACAGUAAACGAAACGAGUGAAUGUCAAUUGGAAAGAUGCAUUUUUCCUUAACAACCGCCAUUAUAGAUACUCGUACAUCUCAUUAGAAUACACUCGUACACAUUCGAAAAUACGAAAACAAACGUUCGAUGGGACGGAUGAUAUAUCGGGCCCGGGCCUAGGAGGGGCGCGGGCGGCGACCUAAGCACGACCUACGUCUCUCUCGGUUGUCGAGGUCGGUGUACGUACGAGUCGAAAAAAAAAAAAAGAGGCAGCUAAACGAAACAACGCCGGAGCGGAACUCCACGUGGAGGCGAUGGACUGCGUCGGGCAGCUCGUGCACGUUCAAUGGGCGCCGGCGUAUGCUGUCGAGGUCGACGACGUUCGAAAGGCAGCGGUGCACCGCCUCCUAAUGCACCUUGUGCCUCGUGCGGCUCGGGUUUCGCGUGCGGCGUUGCCGACUCGACGGAAAUUUCAGGGGGAUAUAGGAGAAACGGUCGGGCCGGGUAGCGGGCAUUUUUCGAUGAGGCUUCGCGACGUUUGGAUGUUUUUUUGUUUAUUAUGAAUUUCGAUUGUAAUUAUUGGGGAAAGUUCGCCGCCGUUUGUAGGAAUAGGUGGUUGUACGGUCGCGAAGAAAGCUGGACUAUACCAGAAAUGGUAGGGUAUUAUAGCGAGGCGACACUACCAAUGGCUCAAGUUCGCACGUCCAACGAGGAACCCCUAUCAGUGAAAAAGUGCGCCGUCGUGUGCAGCCCGGACUUGACUUUGGGCGAGCAAUCGACCGAACCCGAGGCGAUCCAGUGCCAAGUGUGCAACAAAAUGUACACCUCCAAAGUGGCUUUCACCAAUCACGCCAGAACGCACGCCAAAGAGACCGAAGAUCCCUACAGGUGCAACAUCUGCUCCAAAACGUUCGCCGUCCCCGCCAGGCUCACCAGGCACUACAGGACCCACACCGGCGAAAAACCCUUCAGGUGCGAAUUUUGCAGCAAACCGUUCAGCGUGAAGGAGAACCUCUCGGUGCACCGACGCAUCCACACGAAGGAGCGCCCCUACAAAUGCGACGUGUGCUCGCGGGCCUUCGAGCACUCGGGCAAACUGCACCGGCACAUGCGCAUCCACACCGGCGAGCGCCCCCACAAAUGCAGCGUUUGCGCCAAGACCUUCAUACAAUCCGGCCAGUUGGUCAUCCACAUGCGGACGCACACCGGCGAGAAGCCCUACGUGUGCACCGUGUGCCAGAAGGGCUUCACUUGCAGCAAACAGUUGAAGGUACAUUCCAGGACGCACACCGGCGAGAAACCCUACUCCUGCGAAAUAUGCGGCAAGAGCUUCGGCUACAAUCACGUGUUGAAGUUACACCAGGUUGCUCACUACGGCGAAAAAGUGUACAAAUGCACCAUUUGCAACGAUACGUUCAAUUCGAAGAAAAGCAUGGAGGCUCACAUCAAAAGCCACUCGGACAACAGCGUGCCUAACCAACCUCCGACGCCUCCCGCCUCCUCCACGUCGGAAUCGUCGUGCUCGAGCGGCAGCGACCUGGAGAACCCCAAGGUGUCCUCGCCGUUGCCGUUGCUGCAAGAAUCUCCGCAAACCUACGACAACGACAUCCACUACAUAAUGUACGCCGGCAGGGAGCGAACGUCGCCCGGUACUUACAACGUCAACUACACGGUACCCACCACCGGCGUGGACCUGCUGGCGGCCGCCGCCACCGUCACGGAGCGCGAGGAGAUCUACCGGAACACCCACGACAUGGUGUUCAACCUGAUGAAGAACCCCCUGCGGCACCCGGCCUACUUCACGUCGCCGCCGGUGCAGUACGCCACCCUCACCGCCGGGGACGGUCUGAGGAAGCGCGUGGAGGCCGUGCUGGCGGUGGAGGAGCACCAGUCCGAGGAGGAGGCGAUCACGCCGCCCCACUCGGGCCCCGUGUCGCCGGCGUCGUCGCUGUCGCCGCCCGUGUCGCCGGUGCCCGAGCCCGAUCCGGAGCUCAGCCUGCCGCCCAGGAAGAGGUCCAAGAUGAUCCUCAAGUCGAUGGAGAGCAGCAGCAUGGACCUGUCGCCGGUGAGGUACAGCUCGGUCAUACACUACGCGAAGGCGUCGUAAUUUCGUGAAAUUUUGUCCAAAGUCUAGAAGGUUUCGUACGGAAAAACUAUUUG